AUGCCGACGACGUCGUCGUUACAUUCGCCCGCCGAUUUGGGAGCUGCGCGUCGACGCGUGAGGCUCACCGAUCGAGUGGUGAGCGGCGGGACGGCCGGACUACCUACAUCCACCGACAGCGAGAAGGUUGUGCUGCUCGUUCACGAUGGCUUCCGAUGGGUGUUUGACUUGAAACACCGGCGGCUUUCAGGUAGAGGUCGAAUCUCAAUAUCGCGAGGGUCGAUUACGGCUUCUGGCUACGGUUUAGGGUUGUGGAACGUGGUUUUAAAGCUCUACAGACAAGCUCUCAGAAAUUCACGUAGAGCACCGGGAUUUGUGUUUAGGCCUAUCCCAUACCUUUCAGUUUCAGCUGCUGAAUUUGGUGCUAGGUUGUUGGGAGUUUUUGGGAAUGGCAUGACAUGCGGCAACCAAAGCUUGUGGAAGAAAUGGUUAAACAUCGAAAAUUUCAUGAUGUGGAAAUCCCCGAUCCCGGAGAACCGCAACUUUGAAAUAAUAUUCGGCAGCCCGUCGUCUUGUGAUCCCGAGAUCACUGUCGACUUUAGCAUGCAUACGGUCAUUCCGCAAACAGAACCAAAGCCCUUAAUCAAGCACUCCAAAAAGAGGAAAACGACCAACACCAACAAAUUCCGGUCCAAAACUUGGACAAGGCCAUCAAGCGCAGAAAAAAAUAGUGUUUCCAUUAACAAGAAGACGGGGUUCAAGAAAAAGGAUGGUGCUAUUGUUGCCAAUCAAAAGCACGAUGAGGACAAACCGAGGCCCCGCAGGCACUGA